GUGCGAGCAAAGGGACCCGUGCAAGAUGGUUACCGAGCAGCCGGACGUGGAAAUGAAGAACGUGGACAGCCCUGCUGUGGCCGAACAAGACGCCGUCAAGGCAGACCCGGACACGUUGACAAUUGAAGACAUCAAGGAGCAGGCUCGACACAUUGAGAAGGCAGUGACCAGCAAGGAGCCCCGUUUCAUCCUGCGCAUCCUGCGAGCGCUGAUGCCCACUCGCAAGCGGCUCAAUGACCGAGUGCUGCGCAAAAUCGUCACGGGCUUCUUCACCCACUCGAGCCAGGACAGAGAAGCUCUGCUGGGAUGCCUCGAAGAGCCCAUGGAGACGGAAGGUGUCGUGAAAGAAAGCCGCAUCCGCAGUUCUAAGACCUCGCACCUGCCUCUGCUUCCAGAGCUGGAUGUCUACAUUCACCUCUUGGUGCUGGUCUACCUCAUCGAUGCACAGCGGUAUGAGAAGGCAGUGCAGUGUUCGGACCAGCUGAUGCUGAAGAUCCAAGCCCAGAACAGGCGCACCCUGGACCUUCUGGCCUCCAAGUGCUACUUCUACCACAGCCGCUGCUACGAGCUGGUUGACAGGAUGAGUGACAUCCGCAGCUUCCUGCACAGCCGUCUGCGCACAGCCACCUUACGCAGUGACUAUGAGGGACAAGCAGUGCUGGUCAACUGUCUGCUCCGCAACUAUCUCCACUACAACCUCUACGAACAGGCCUCGAAGCUGGUGUCCAAGUCUGCCUUUCCCGAAGCGGCAUCCAACAAUGAGUGGGCGCGCUACCUCUACUACCUUGGGCGCAUUCGUGCCAUCCAACUGGACUACUCCGAGGCCCGGCAACAUCUGCUGCAGGCCAUUCGCAAGGCACCCCAACACGCUGCCUUGGGAUUCAAGCAGACGGUGCACAAGUUGGCCAUUACAGUUGACCUGCUGCUGGGUGACAUACCGGACCGAUCCAUUUUUCGCCAAGCACCCCUGCGGCGCACUCUGGCUCCUUACUUCCAGCUCACCCAAGCUGUGCGGGCAGGCAACCUGGGCCGUUUCAAUGAGGUGCUGGAGCACUUUGGGGCCAAGUUCCAGGCAGACCACACGUUCACGCUGAUCAUCCGGCUGCGGCACAACGUCAUCAAAACCGGGGUGCGCAUGAUCAACCUGUCGUAUCUGCGCAUCUCGCUUGCUGACGUAGCCCACAAGCUGCAGCUGGACAAUUCCGAAGAUGCCGAGUUCAUCGUGGCAAAGGCCAUCCGCGAUGGCGUGAUUGAGGCCACCAUCGACCACGAGCGAGGCUGCAUGCAGUCCAAGGAAAACAUGGACAUCUACUGCACACGGGAGCCCCAGGCUGCCUUCCACCAGCGGAUCUGCUUCUGCCUGGAUAUACACAACCAGUCAGUCAAGGCCAUGCGGUUCCCACCAAAGUCUUACAACAAGGACCUUGAAUCGGCUGAGGAGCGGCGCGAGCGUGAACAACAAGACUUGGAAUAUGCCAAGGAGAUGGCUGAUGAAGAGGAUGAUGGCUUUCUCUAGGGCUGUCAUGCAAUAAAACGAGUCUUCUGACCUGGUU